AACAGGUAUUGGUUCUAACAACAACGGCAGCGACAACGGCACAACCAGUGGCAAAUGUAAGUUUUGGUGUUGUAGUUAUCCCCAAGUCACACGCGGAGCGCGUAGGGAGAAGCCCGUCGCGAGGGUACUAUUUCCGCUUAGGUAUUUAAACACGGGGAAAGGAAAGCAUUAGCGAAGUCUAAAAUUAAUCAAUGAUCGCGCGCGCAUGGCUAUAAGCUACAACCCAAGGAUUGAUUUGUUCGCGGUCUCGUCUAGCGACGAAAAACCUUACCAUAUCUCGGCAAUAGCUUGUGGGUAGACACAUGGCGGUAAACCUUGUGUCCAAUGUCGAAACAGCGACCGGUGCUGAAAAAGUUUUGUCUGUACACUGCUGGCUAGACUCGACAGUUGCGCUGUAUUGGAUUGGCGGUCAAGGCGAAUAUCGACAGUUCGUCGCGAAUUCAGUUAAAACGAUCAAGGAACACAAACGGGCAAAAUGGCACUAUGUGCUUACGAUAGAGAACACGGCAGAUCUGGGGAGUCCAGGCAGAGUUGUUUCGAAGAACGAGUUGUAGCGAGUGGCCCCUAGAUGUUGUACCAGAGUCAAGUUCGGAAGUAAAAGAGCAAUUAAGAGAAGCGUAUUCAUGCUCCAACCUUUACAACUCACUGUCGGAAUCGUGACAAGUUUGACUAUAUAGUUAAUUGAAGCGUACCCUUUACGUAAAGUACUUAGGAUCGGCGCGUGGAUACAUCGAUUUUCCCUAAAUUGUUAAAACCGCCAUGGAACCCGAGAAACUGAUGAGCAGCGCAAAUGGUAGACGAGACGAGUUGAACAGAAUAAGCAAAUAACAGAAGCAGAGAAAAUCCGGUUAAAUCUCCAAGCAAACAACGAUGGGAUACAUCAGCUAGAGUAAGAAUUGAAGAGAACACGUACAGUGUAAAGGAAGAAUUGAAUGUAACUAUCCAUUAUUACUACCCCGUAUCAGCACCUUUACUCGGAGAGUAGUCGAACAAGCCCACUUAAUCACGCUCCAUAGUGGAGUAACAAUGACAAUUGCGAAAGUUAGAGAACGCUAUUGGAUAUACCUAGACUUCAACAGGUAGUAAAACAAGUGAGAAAUAUAGGUGUUGGAGAUGAAAACGUUUCAAGUCAAGGCGUUUGAAGCACCACCACCAGGACUCUUGCCAAAGACAAGAACUCGAGGAUCAACGGCAUUCGAAAUUGUAGGAGUCGAGUUCGCGGGACCAAUACGUUACCAGAAAGGAAAGUAUGAGAAAAAAACAUAUUUGGCAUUAUUUGCAUGUAGUUUGUGUAGAUCGGUACACUUGGAACUGUUGAGAUCGUUGGAAACUGUGGAAUUCAUCACGUGCCUGAAGAGAGUUAUUGCACGACGUGGAAAACCAAAGUUGAUCUAUUCGGACAAUGGAUCAACAUUCAAAGCGACCGACAAAUGGUUAAAACAGGUACAACGUGACGAAAGUUUAAAUGGAAUAUUGAGUGAAUUCCGUAUAGAAUGGAGAUUUAAUUUAGGUCGUGCAGCUGGUGGGGCGGACAGUUUGAGCGUCUGAUCGGACUUUUCAAACGCUCGUUUCAUAAGACCAUCGGCAACGGCACACUGACGUUCGGAGAGCUAGAGGAAGUUGUACUCGACAUCCAGAUUGCGCUGAAUGUCCGCCCUUUAAGUUAUAUUGGAAACGACGUUGAGCUACCAUCAUUGUUAACACUUGACCCAUCUUGCAUAUGAACCCGAGUUAUUCGCUUGAUUUGAAAACCCACCAUGUUGACGACGAAGAAUUACGGAAAAGAGCAAAGAAUUCAUGUGGAGUCGUUGCAGGAAAAAGUGCCUUCGUUUUUUACGAAAAAACAAAUUGAAAAAAAGUCGUCAAAAAAGAGCAAUAUCCACUAGUUGGAAAUGCGGUGAUUGUCCAUGACGGGGAUGAAAAGAAUCGGAAAAAAUGGAGGCUCGCGAUUGUACCGGAACUUAUCAAAGAAAGAGACGGCAGUGUUAGAGCAGUUAGACUCAGGAAGUCGAAGGGACAAUUGGGAAGACCAAUACAGCAUUUGUAUCCGUCAGAACUAGCGUGUAACAAAGCUCAACCCAACCUCGUACUCAGGCUCUUUCCACUACGCGCCUCGCUGGAGGAAAGACCCUGGUGCAGGCUGGUCACGUGUCUCCCAGAUUUUGGAAGAUAACAAUUGGGACUUAUGGGGAGAAGGGAAGGCAAAUGUAGCGUUCGAUUUCAAAACAAUACAAUGAGUGCGAAUAAAGCAACACAAAGGAGUACCUUGAAACAAAGUUUUAUUGGCAUGUAUUUUUCAUAAAAUACGUCAUAACGGCUAUUGUAAGGGACAAAGUUGUUAAUAAGGCCUGCCUGGUCAGACUGGACGUUUGAAAUUAAACUCAAAACCGUCAACUUAGACGAUAGAUGUUCUUCUCUAAGCUCACUCAAAAACACAGUCUCGGGUUUAGUUCUACAUAUCAACAAGAAAAGGCAGAAUCCUCAGAAAAUUGCUAUUGAGUGUUGUAUUCAGUAGAACAUUUGUUUAACCAGAAUCAUGAUGGGCUAUUAAUUGAUAUUUGUGAGCGAUUAUAAAAUAACCGCUGUUCCCGUAAAGUACCAUGUGGUCGAUUUGCCAAUUUUGUUGAAUUGAACAUCUUCAAUGAAGAAUAAAUAAGUACAUUAAUAUACAGACUUUUUAGCUCGAUAUUAUCUCUAAUAAAUGCUAUAUUUUGGGUAUUUAUAGGAGCGUAAUGCGUAUUUAUUUACAAUCAAUUGCAUGUCUCCCCAGUGAAAAAUAUGAUCAACGUUUACAUAAAAUUGUAUACUGCCUGUGCUCUAGCUUGCUUUAGAGCUGGUUGAAAACUUUGUAUUCUGUUUUAGACUUUCCUUUAAAACUUUUAGCAUGUUCCGACAGAUAAGGCAUACAAGUAAGGUACAAUAUAUUUCUAAAGUUUGUACCUUAUUGCGCGCAGUCAAAUUUAAAUUAAUGGGAUUUAUCUGACAAACACCUGGUCUGGAUGUUUGUUUAAAUGAGAAGUCAAACGGCUGAGUCAAAUUUGCAGCAUUGCGCUUAAACUUCUUCGCUUCAUAUUUUCUUUACAGUUUUAAACAUACAGUUUUAAAAUAGCAAGUUUAUUUACUCUCUAUUGCCUUAUGUAGCUUAUGUUUUCCUUUGCCUGCCGUUUGUCUUCUAACGUAUGAACGCCAAGCUGAGACUCCCUAUUAAAAACAUGUGUGCAUGAAGAUUUAAAAUACAUUUUGUAAUACUAUUAUAUAAUCCCCUGAGUACUGUCUUAUUGAAACAUGGGGAAAUAGACAUACUAUCGAUACUUAUGUGCACACUAUAUAAUAUAUUUUCUUACUGUUAUUUCUAUAUGCAUGUGUCGUGGUAUCGAGCCGUUUCACUUAUGAUUACAAUUUACGGCAUUUACAAUAAACUCGUUGUUGGCUUCUAAGUACUAGGCAAAUGUUCUUUGCUUGUCUUUGAGUAUAUUACAAAUCCUUUCCUAGUACUUCUUUGCGGUUUUCCCAAUAUGAAACUGAAAGACUCCAGUAUGUACAUCUUGCGUAGCGACGUCGCAGAUGCAAUCCACAAAGAAUACAAAUACAAAGACAUCUCACCCAUUGAUUUUGCAGCACAAGCUCUUGCUAUCAUACACACACUCUGAAUUUUAUCGAAUUGAUAUCAGCAACUAGAUCGGUAAAACUAACUUAGCCCCCCAUCCUUAUGUAAAAUUUUGUUAUCUCCCAAAAUCUGGGAGACACGUGACCAGCCUGGACCAGUGUCUUUCCUCCAGCGAGGCGCGUAGUGAAAAGAGCCUAGGUACGAGGUUGAGCUCAACCGGAAUCCUCGUUGAAUCCAGCCAUUGUUGAUUUCCAGCCAAGAAGCAAGAGAACCGCCGAAGGGGUCGUGGAAAUACGAUACAUGGCAGCAGAAGACGAAAACGAUUAACUCAAGUCCUGAGCUGUUAUUACUUCAUGAUAACGUAAACUAGGUUUACAUUGAGUUCAGGUUUUGUUAAUUUAAGACAUAAUCACGUUAAUAUAAUAUAAUCAAUAUAUACUCAUAUACUCUAAACGUCUAAAGAAACAGUCUUGAACUGUGUUCGCACUAGCAUGUACACCUCUUUGAGGAUGUACAUGUGGGAGUGUUAGGGACUGGAUACUAUAGAAAUAUUAGAAAUGAUUAAUGUGACGUCACAGCCUCGUGGCAACUGAAAAAAUGUCGAAGUAAAUGUGAUAAAACCCGAGCGCUAGCGAGAUAUAGGCCUACCUUGUGUAGUUUACAUAUAUAAUUAAUAAAAUAUACUAAAGUGCUGUGACGUCGUCGGGCACUACUACUUAAACGGAGGCGAAUUUUUCGAGAUUCUUUCGAUAUCAAUGCAGUCUAGUAAUCAUGAUUUUUUCUGUGUUGGUGUUAUGUACUCAGGUGAAUAUGAUGUUUGUGAUGUUACUUUGAGUGUAUAUCCUCACCGAGCAAGCUUGAAAAUUAUGCCUGGCCACGGUGGGAAUCAAACAGACGACCUUUGGAAUACAACCUCAAUUGCUCUGAAAACUGAUCGAUCCGGUCAUGUUGGUUCGAGUAUGUGACAUUUCGACUCGAACCGACCUGACCUGAACCGGUAGCUCAGUUGGCAGAGCACUGCAUGGGCUAGUAUUCCAAAGGUCGUAGGUUCGAUUCCCACCGUGGCCAGGCAUAUUUUUAAAGCUUUCCGGGUGUGGAUAUACACUCAGAGUAACAUCACAAACAUCAUAUUCUGAUUAUAUUUACAUGAAAUAAUAACCCGAGUCUCUGGGCCUGAAGUUGAUCACUUGACCGUUGGGAUCACUUGAAGCGCGAACCAAUGUGCCAAUUGGAGAAUGCGCAUAUACUUUUCGAACGAAGGAAGAGGCUAAACAUAUGAAAAUUGCAACAAAACGUUUAUUAUUUUCGCUUUGAUUAAAGUUUUGACUAAAUCUGGACGGCUUGUUUCAUAUUUCUACUACGGUUUGAGCUUCUACGAGUGAUUGCGGUUGAAGUAUUCAACAUGGCGUACAAAGUCACUGAAGCGGGGAAGGAGUUCGAUUCGUAGUAGUCGUAAACACAUUUUGAAUAUUUCACAACAUAAAGGUUAGCAUGGGCGUACCGGGCGGGGGGGGGGCAGCAGCCCCCUCCCCAGUUUGUUGGGCAGUCGGGCAGUAUUCGCUGAACAGUCGGGCAAUCUUGGUUUAUUACAAAAAAAAAUGGGACAAAUUCUGUAAAUUUUGUGGUCAAUUUUGUGAUGUUUCGAAAAUUUUUGUCAGGUUCCGAAAAUUUUUGGUAUGUCCGAAAAAUUUUUUUGACCCCUAAAAUGGUACACUGACCGAAAUUUUUUUGGGGACGGGGGGGGAGGUCGCCAAAAUAAAUCCGAAAAAAAACUUUUCGGUACUUGUCGGGCGAAAUCCGGACAAGUCGGGCAAAUUUCUUUCCGCCCCCCUAAAUUUUUCCUUCCGGUACGCCCAUGAAGGUUAGUACUGCAUUAAAUUAUUAUUGAGGUAAGGAACACGUUGUAACUUGUAACUUAUUGUUUGCCUAAAAAUGUUAACGAUCGGUUUAAUUCUAGCGACUCAAGAGACCAAAAUGUUUGCACACUUGACCGUCCCAAAACAACAAAUGUUCGAUCACACUUUCGUUUUACAAACCAAACAUUAAUGUUGUUUGGCGCAUAAAAGAAAAACAGUUGCGGUUUGAAAUACUGAUUUUUCACAUUUCAAAGGUUUUCGAAGCUUUAAAAAGUAAUUUUAAGUACUAUACACUGUUGUUCAAGUGUCUUAUUGGAGUUUUUAACUACAAUAUAUUGAUGCAAGUCAAUAUAUUUAAAGCAACUUUGCUUCAACGACGAGGUCGUCUAACUGCCUCACAUUUCCGGAUAGCAAUAAAAUAAAGAGAAAAUAAAAAAAGAAAUUUCCUUCUGUUAAUGACUGCAUGUGUUAUGACUGUAUUCAUGUGUUCAGUCAGGGGACUUAUUUGUUAACACAGAAGACCCAUGGUUUGGUGCAAUCCAGACUGCUUGUUAUAUAAAAUUUUAUGCCGAGCCAACAUCAUAGGGAACAGGUGAGGUGAAGUGCCCAUUUUCAAAAAUGCAGACUGACUUCUAAAUUAUGAACAUGGCAUUUCAAUUUGUUGUUCUGUACAAUCAAUAAUUACAUUGCUAUUCGGGUAGAUUUUUUUUUGAAAGACUGUGGCAACAGCGGCAUUGUUCGUUGUAUAUAAUGACGUGAUGCCCAGGGCUCCUGACUCAUGAUAGAGAAACUCUAACCAAGUAGCCCACAUACGGGAAACAUGUGCUUCUGAAAUGCCAAAUCGGUGAGCAAUGUCAACCUCCAUCAGAUCACGACAUUGACCUUUUUCGCCCCAGCUUUUUUUUUCUACUGAGUAUUCUACAUUGGUACCCAAACGGUCAAACCGGCAUAAGUUAAGAAAUUACAUGCUGGUCGCAGAAAGUCGAAGAAAUUUUAAAUGUUGCAUAUAAAUUUUGAGGAGCUGUAUAUAGACCUGUAUAGAAUUUAAAAUGUGUAUUACUGGCAAGUAUAUUCGUAUUUAGAUGCAUGAUAAUGCAUAAUAUUUUGUUUGUUAACUGCAUGUUCAGUUUUUAAUUUUUCAUUGGUUGACUCUUGUGCAUCAAUGCCAGUCGUUUGUUGUUGAGAACUGGUUUCUUUCAGUAAUAGCCUCACUGCAGUUAUCUAUAUGUUCCCUGCCUUGGGUACUCUUUACAAUUUGUCUACACGAUGUUUUAACGACAUUUGGCAAUGCACUAAAAGAUUUCUUUCCACCGGAAAAGUAUAAGAAAAAUAUUUUGUGGCGUUUCAUAAAAGGUUCACUUUGUAUUCUCAAUAAAUUCAGUCAUUUUUCCUUUAAGCUCGAAUCCAUAGAAAAUUUAUGGAAGGAUAAUUCCGGAUUUUUAACACUCUCGCUUACAAGGGGUCGUUCCCCUGUACAUUUUAUCUUUAGUCACGUUUCCGUGUCACUUGCCAUAUUUAUCCAAACAAUCUGCAAACCAAACAGCUGGAACCGUUCCAAAAUAUACUCGAAACAAGUCAGGUUGCUUUAAAUUUGACUCGCAUAAAUAUGUUGUAGUUAAAAACUCCAAUACGACACUUGAACGGCAGUGAAUAGUACUUAAAAGUACUUUUUAAAUCUUUGAAAAAUUUUGAAAUGUGAAAGAUCAGUAUUUCAAACAGCAACUGUUUCUAUCUUACGCGCUAUACAACCUCAAUGUUUUGGUUUAUAAAACGAAAGUUUGAUCAAACAUCUGUUGUUUUGGGACGGCCAAGUGUGCAAACAUUUUUGUCUCUCGAGUCGCUAGAAUUAAACAGUUCGUUAAAACGUUUAGGCAAACAAUAAGUUACAACAUGUUCCUUACUUCGAAAAUAAUUUAAUGUAGUUCUCAUCUUCAUGUCGUGAAACAUUAUUAUUCAUAAAAUUGUUUACGACUACUACUAAUCGAACUCCUUCCCCGCUUCAGUGACUUUGUACGCUAUGUUGAAUACUUCAACCGCACUCACUCGUUGAAGCUCAAACCGUAGUAGAAAUAUGAAACAAGCCGUACAGAUUUAGUCAAAAAUUUUAAUCAAAGCGAAAAUGAUAAAAGUUUUCUUGCAAUUCUCACGUGUUUAGCACUUUCCCUCGUUUGAAAAGUAUAAGCGCCAUCUUGAAAAAUUAUGUUGUGUAACUAAACUACCAUGAUGCUUUGCGCAUUCCACAAUUGGCUGAUUAAAAUGUGUUCGUUUCAACAUGAGCCAAUUUAUGUAUGUACAUAGUAGUAAUAAUCAAUGAGAAAUUGUCCGACAGUCUUUCGUGAAUAACUUCUCUUGGAUAACCCUCGCCUAACAUUAGUUAGUACGCAUACAGCGCACCAAACCAGUCAUUGGCACAAAUAAGAAUAAGAACGGGUACAGUAGAUGGAAUUUUUUUCUCGGUAACAAACGAUUAUUCCAACAUUGUUUCGAUAUUUGUCAAAGCGAGAGCCCUUAUCGCAUAGGCGUCGAAAGAUCGAUAAUAAGUGGGCGAAGUCAUAUUCAUACAUUCGUGUUCACAGACCUUAAAGUGCAUAUGACAUAUUUUUUUUUAUUUUCUUAAAUGAAAGAACUCUAAGCUGUAUUGCAAUUUAUUUUUCAGUUUCUUGUUUAUAUGGUUUGUUCCCGAGAUAUUUCGAUUUGUUUGGUACGUAAAUGAGUGUGAAUAUGUCCGCUAAUUUAUGACGUCACGUUGGAUGCAAGCUCUUCAAAAUGGUUGAAUAUCGAUCACGGCUAUCAUCCAAUAUAAUAAUUUCUAACUUCACUCACUGAUAAAUGUGGUGAAAUACUGGAGAAAAACCUGAACCGAUAUUUACAGUUUUUAGAGUUAAUAAAUUGAUAACCAGUGUAAGUUGAGCUUGCAACCAACGUGACGUCAUAAAUUAGAGAACAUAUUCACACUCAUUUACAUACCAAAGAAACUGAAAUAUCUCUGGAACAAACCAUGAAAACAAGAAACUGAAAAAUAAGUUACACUACAGCUUAAAGCGUUCUUUCAUUUAAGAAAAUAAAAAAAUUCAUGUCAUAUGCACUUUAAAAACAAUCGAUUUCAAAAGAAGCAAGACGCCCACUCGGCGUUAACCUCGGGUCGGUGGGUAGGGCAUCGUCUGGUAAAUAUGCAAAAAUCAUGUAAAUCACAAUAGUUUAAUAGUUCACUAGUAUAUAAAAAAUGGUGAAUCAGUCAAUCAAAGCUCCGUUUUAACAUUUUAUUAAUAAUAGUUAAACACAGGAACAAUUUAGAGAAUUUACUAACGCAAUUAUUUAACUGUAUUUAUUCAAUAUUUGGAAUAUUUUGUGGACGAGAGAAUGAUAUACAUAGCUACUUCAUUACUCCAUCUUGUGUUUAGUAACACUAACAGACAAUAUUAUCAGUCUAUUUGUUGAUUGCACAUAGCAGAACGAAAAUAUAUUUUAAAAAUAAUUUAUAUCAAAGUACCGAAAAUAUAAUUAGGUGCAUAUAACUGCUCCAUCAUUAGUAAUAGUUGUACCAUAGUCAAAGAAUGUAAUGAGUGAACAGUUUGUAAAAUUGUUGUAAGAACCAUCCAUCAAAUGCUUAACAGUAUCAAACAAGUGAAAGUUGGCCGCGGUAUUCCCAUGCUAUGCAUGCGAAGUAUUGUACAUUAUAUCAACAUAUACUCGAGAAUAGUUAUCCAGCUAAACAUGUAUGUCAAAAUUAUCACAUCUUCUGGUUUUUAUUUUGUGCAUGGACAGCUUCGGGUUCCGCUUCGCUUUGGCCGAUGCUUCAAAUUUUCCGGAUGUGCACUUAUUUACCGGAAGUUGUCGUCUCCUCCGCAGGCUCUUCGACUACGCGCGCGGCUUGACACAAAAUGAAAAAAAAAUAGGAACCGAAUUUAUGACCUCAGUGUCGUACCGACCCGAGGUAAUUAAUAAUGCGAAACACGAAUAUAUGAAUGUCCCCCCCCCCCCCACAUAUCGAUCUUUCGACGCCUAUGCUUAUCGCAUUGACCUUUGCUCAGCGUAUUCGUUGUUGAUACAUGAUUGGUAAGUUAGCGUUUCAUUCGAUUUGCACGUGCUGAACUUUGGACUAUAGCUUGGAUAUCUAUCGCCUUUUUGUGGCUCCAUGUUCGCGUCAAGCCUAUCUCGUCAUUAUGCAUGGGUUUAUAAUCACGUUUGAAGAUGAUGAACUUCUUGUCCCAUUAACUUCAAUCUAUAUAUUGUUAUAUAUAAUUAACAAUUAUACCAUGAGCUUGAGUCGUAUAUGAGCUGAUAGCCAACGAGGUGCGUAGCAACGAGUCGGCUAUCAGCCACAUACGACGAGAGCGAAUGGUAUAAUUGUUUUAUAAUAUAGUUUAAUAGCCAUUAACAGAAGCAAUAAUGAUUAUCCUCUGUUACAAUGUCUUGACAUUUGACAAUCUGUUCGGCAAAAAACCGCUUGGCCUUGAAAAUUUUAAAUACGUUUGUUUUACAACUCGAAGACGAAGUGAAAGAAAUAGUUUUAGAAUCGAUGUAUCUUGCAGAAAAGCUCAGAUAUAUUCUACAGAUGUUUGGUAGUAUAGUAAGUGCUUGUUGACGGCAAAUUAAUUUGUCUUUCGUUGCAAACUUUUCUGAACAAUUUAUAUUCUCAAUGAACAUGUUUUAUUCGCUGUUGUUUCGGUAUUAAUUCUUUAAAAAACUUGUAUUUAAUUAAGCUAAUUUCUAUGUAAUAAAUGUAUUUUGCUAACCUUUCGAAUUUUUUGAGAGUUUUUCUAGUACUAUUAUUUUUCUCAAAGCGAAUAUUUUCCUUUUUUCUGCUUCGCAAAACUCAUGUAGUUUUGGACCGCCAUCGAUGUUUUUCGCUACUCGCCGUAUAUGAGCUGAUAUAGGGUGAGUAAUUCAACCAAUCAGAUUGCAGAGCAGCUCAUAUACGGUGAAUGAUUAUAUUAUAAAUGUGUUUAGUCGUUUGCCUAGAAACACCAUGCAAAGUUGCCGUGUGAAAAAAAUAAUAAUAGCCAAUGUUGCGAAGAGUUUCAAAGCCAUAUUGAAGAAGAAAAAAAACAAUAAAAAUUCGUAAGACAAAUAUUUUCAGAGAGCUCAAAACAAUAUAUUAAAUGGUUAAAAAUUAUAUCACAGCGAAGAAAUCGCUAAGCAUGACAAAACGAGAGAACAGUAUUCAAAGAUUUUAGAAAAAAAAUAAAAUUUGCUGGGUGGAUUGUACGGAAAAAGUUUGCAGAUCAUUCCAGACAUGGAAGAAUGCUGAGUUUGGAAGAAAGAACUUUGCUUUUUUACAGUAUAUUACCUUAGAGAAGAACUGCUUUUCGCCUAUAUUUAUUCCAUGGAAUGUACUCAGCCUAGACCAAUGUCCAUUAUACGACUCGCUUUGGUAAUUUUGGUUAAGUUUGAGCUAAAAUUUUGGUAACUAUAAUGUCAAAUGUGAAACGAAAGCAAGCAGUUACCAAAUUCUAGCCCAACACUGACUAAACUUGGCAACUAAGCCGAGGAAAGGGCAUCGAUCUAGGAUUCUAUUUCCUGUCGUAUUCUGAAGCUUAUACAAAGAUAGCAUUUUCAAAAAGCAAAAUCUCCAACCUGAAUGUGUGGCUGCUGGUUAUUGGUCGCACAAUUUAGAACAAUUACAUUGCAAGUAAAGUAUAACCCACUUUUCGUGGGUAAUUUUCACGUUAUUCCAGAAGUAAAGUAAGGAAGAUAUUUUGUUUUUUAUAGCGACUUGUCAGUCGACUACAAAUCUCCGAAGUAGCAGUGGGACUAUAAGAGGACCGGGAUACCCUGGCAAUUACCCAAACAACGCCGUGUACUGUUGGCGUAUCUACGUUCCAACAAAUUAUGCGGUUAAACUCAAUAUUAAUACGCUCAACAUGGAGGUCUGUACCGGAUGCAAUUGUGACUCAAUCGAGGUGUUCGAUGGUUACUCCGAAUUAUCAUCAAGGAUUGGAAAAAUCUGUUCAAAAAGUUUGUUCGCAAAAUCUUCUGGGCAGUAUCUUUUUGUGAAGUUUACAUCAGAUGCUACAGGAACAGGGACCGCCUUCACAGCGUCCUACUACAGACUGGCUAAAGGUAAGGGUAAUGUUACUCAAAUUCCAGACUCUAAAAGGUGCCCGCGGAAGAGAAAUGCCCUUGCAGUGGGUAUAAGAUUCAGCCAUACCGUAUUUUUAGGAUACAGUUAAUAUAAUAAUUAUCCAAUGCUUCUAUACUAAAUAUAUGCUUAAGCCAGUCUCACAGCCAGUCUUUUAUAAGUAUCUGAGAAAUGUGGCGCAUAAUGGGAACGAUGAAGAAAACUUGACAACCGUCAAAUCACAAACAAACAUGGCGCACGCAGUAAUGUUAGAUACAAUGAGUGAUCAUGGAAAUGCGAUUUGGCAGGAAUUUGAACUGUUUCGGGGAAGAAUGCUUUAAAUGGUUCCUUAAUUAUAACUUCCGAAUUAUUUUGAUUAUAUUUAUUUACCUACACAAAAAACAACGGAAGGUAUUGAUUUUCUGUAAUACGUACGCGCAGGAUCUGUGUUAACAAAUGUGCAAACCGAGUCAGUUAAAAUGUAGAUAGUCUAAAAGUGUUGGUUUCAUUGGAUAAAUGUGCCACUUGAGAAGUAAACAUGAAUGACUAAGAACACCAUUUUUAACAAGCUUCUGUAAUACAAAUUUAUUUCCUAACAAUUAAUUAGUUUUGAGCAUACCAAGAAUUUAAUCAAUUUCGAUUCAAGCCUAUAGGAUUGGAUUAACACAACGUAUCUGGUAGUAAUCGUUCAUGCAGCUGGAUAUUUUAUUCAUGAAUUAUUAAUGAGUUUCAGAUUAGUUCAUAUAAACUAAUAUAAUAAUAUUGUAGUAUAUAUGUUGUAUGCAAAGAAUGGAUUCGUGGUUUCCCGCUCCAUAGCUUGAAACACCUUUUAUGUGUGGCUGGCUUAGACAAAUUUUCGGCAAAACGUUAGAGACAGUGAAUUUGAAACAUUUCUGAGGAAAGAUGCCCACGCCAAAGCAAGGCUGUCAUUCAAUUUGUCUGACCUAUCAGCCACCCCAAAAAACAUACUGCAAACAUAUAUGCGAAUUGCGAUUCUAUAAUAAUUUACAACGUUUAGCGGUAAAAAUAUAAUUCAGAUAAAAAAUCCUUUGAUCUCCCACUCUCGCCACACAAUCGAACUGCUGAUAUGAUUCGUAACAUUCCCGUAUGCACAGGUCUACCAAAUCAAAGUUGAAGAAAGUUAAUGAGAAUGCAUUAGAGAGAAAGUAGAAGCUCUCAUCACCUCUCGUUAAUUCUUAUCUUCGUUUGACCGAAACUUUAGAAAUUAAUUUAAACUGAAGUGGUUGAUAUGCAAACCUGACGCCGUUAGAUUGCUGAAUUGAUGUAAUUAUUCUGCUUGGAGCUGUGCCUGGGUCUCUGCUGCAUUUACAGUAAUUUUAAACGAACAUUGCAAGUCUAAGUAAGAUGUACAAUUGGCUGUAAAAAAGUAUUUCAAUGGUCUUAUGCCUGCAUUUAUUUGUGAGAAAUAAAUAUUAAGUAAUGUUUCAAACUUGAUAAUCUGGAAAAAACGAGAAUUCAACUCCUAAGUAAAUUUGUUUCAGCCUUAAACGACAGGUCAGACAAACCAAGGCAGCACGAUAUACGAAUUAAAUUUUUAAAAGACAUCCCAUGUCAUAAAUCGUAAUUCCAAAACUCAGUAAUAAUUUGUAAGCGUAUUAGCAAAUCACGUCAACCAUAAUAUGUAGCAUGAAGGGAUUAUACCUAAUAUAACUCAUCUUCAUUGGUAAUCUUUACAUAAAAGUCUAUCCUAAUCACUAUUCUUCAUAUAAAGACCGCAUCUAUAGUAGUCGUGUAUGAAGUAAUUCGAAACACUUCUUCGUGUUUAAUCAUAUCUAAAAUGUUUGUCGUGCGCACUGCAUUUUAUAUGUUACGAUAAAUACUCCUACGCGUGUUUUCAAUGGUAUAAAUAAAGUUGCAGUGAAUUAAUUUUGAACUAGGAUACAUUUUGGUCCAGUUCCAGGACUGUAUAUUAUCCAUGUAUGAUCAUAGUUGGCAUAAUUCCCGAAGAAUAUGAAUGAAUUAUUUACCUCAAAGAGGAGUAAAAAAUAAUAUUUCAAAACGAUGUACAGGAGAUUACCUAAAAGGGUUUUAAAUUCCAGUGCAUUUUGAAAAGAAGAGCUUUAUUAAUGCACGCCACUUUCAAAUACAGAUAAAGUCCGAAGGCGAGAAUUCGAACUGACUUUUCUGAAACAUUGUAUUUAACAUAGUUUAAAGUUCCUAGAACUUUAGAAAAAAUUAAAAGUGUUCUCUGGGAUGUCUUCCUGACACUAAUUAAUAAGAUAUUGAAUAACAAACGUGUGCCCAAAACAAUGCCCAAAUCGCACUAUUUCGAGCUGUAAUCGCAUUAUCUUGAGCUUUGCUUCCAUUUAUAAACCAUACGUAUUAAAGUUGUGACCUUAGCUAGCCAAUUAAAGGCCGAAAGUGUAGAAUUCACUUAGGCAGUCAAUGUUAAGAAAGAUCUCAUCUGACAAAUUGAGCAAAAUAAACAAAUCAUAGUAUUGCCAUCUUGGCUUUUUUUGGCAUAUAAAAAUAAAAUAAAUUGUAGAUUAAACUGUUAAACAAUUUUAAAUAAUUUUUCACAAAUAGGUAUGGGCAUAUUAGGAACGAAAUAUUUGCGAAACAUGCCAAAAACAUAAUGAUUUUUAAGACGUUCUCUGGUUGAAAUUUUUUUAUUCACGAGCUUUCGGUUGCCAGACUGCAGCCUUCAACGGGUAGUUAUAAAAUACAGUGAUUACAGACGACUAUACGGUUUACAAUUACAGAUCGAAGCAUACGCCUACGCUACGUCUACACUGUAAAUUUACGGUUAACAAAUUACAGUGACAAACAGAUAAGUGGAAGUGAUAGUUCCGCCUAUAUAUACUCUGAUAAAAAAUUUUCUAUUUCUUUAAUAAAAAACGGUAUUGUUCCGGUAAAUGUUUGGAAUUAUUGUCUGCGUUAGCUGUGAGUGCGGUGUGCCAAGAUUCCAAUGUAGCUCUGUGGCGGUAGUUUGCCUUGUCGAUAAUCUUGCCAUUGUCAAAAUCAAUUUUAUGGUCAUAAGACCAGGCAUGAUUCGCAAUAUUUGAACCCGCUUUUUGUUUCUCGACAUUCUUCACAUGUUCUUUUUCCGUGUGAUAAACGCUCUACCCGUCUCACCGAUGUAGCUCCACGAACAAUCGGCGCAAUUUAUUCGAUAUAUCACAUUUGUUUGUUCUUCGGAUGGUGGUCUGUCUUUCGGUGAAGGGAGCAUUUGUUCAAGUGUGUGUAUAGGUUUCGCUGUUGUUUGGAUGUUAUAAGGCUUGAGGAGGCGUUUGAGGGGUUCUGUUAGGCCUUUGCUGUAUGGAAAAACCGCGUAACCAACUUUCGUGGUGGGAUCAACUCUUUCAAAAAAACUCUCGAACAAGUUCUUCAGGGAAGGUGUUUUUUGUUGUCUCAAAGCUCGUUUCUUUUCCACUUCUGCCAGGAACUUCUGUGGGUAUCCAUCUCGUGAAAGCUCGUGAAGAAAAAAAUUUCAACCAGAGAACGUCUCAAAAAUCAUUAUAUUCAAUCCUGGUCGCACUUCCAGCAUAUUUAAAUGCCAAAAACAGCUUAAUAAAACGAUAGGCAAAACAACUAAACAUGCAAGGUAAUUCGUAAUUUCGUAUAUAAUUUGUGGUUGUUUGAGUGAACAAAACCGCACAAAAACCUUAUCAAAUUGCCAAUAAAACCUAUAUAGUAUGCUUAAACGUAUAUAAGUUGCUUUUUACUCUUCACACUUGAUAUAUCCAGAAUAAUAUAUAUCAGAAUUAUAUAGUAUUGUGCAUGCGCAUAGUUGUCAACUUAAUUAGGCCUUCGGUAUGCAUGAAUGACUUCUAUAUAUAAAUUGUUGUUAGUUAAAAAUACAAGCUUCUAUAAACACGAUCUGUGUGUAUGAUAUGUUUUGAGGUCGUAACAUUGGCGACGAGGAUGAAAAGUCGAGCCAAAUGGUAAAGCAAGCGAACUUUCAUAUUGUAUAGCGAAAUCGUUGGGUAAAACGGCAGAUAAAAGCGACAAACAAAUGCCAUGUCUAUCGACGAAGGGGAAGCGAGUAAUUAUCGAAACUAGAAACUUAAAAACUAAGCCAUUUACACCAAAAGACGACCGGAUCACAACAGGGAAAGCGUGGGACGACUGGUUAGAGGGAAUCGAGCGAGAAUUUCGAUAUUUUAAAAUCAGUGACCCGACAGACAAGAAAGACGCUUUAAUUAUUUAUGGCGGCAAAGAAGUAGCUACACUGGAGAAAAGCCUACCGAAUCCUGCAACGCAACAAGAUGAAUACAAGAAAUUAAAAACGAAACUGAACAGUUAUUUCACGCCGAAAAAGAAUAAACAUCACGCCAGAUAUUUAUUUUUAAAGCUUCGACUGAACCACGGACAAACGAUAGCAGCAUACGCAACUCGACUAAGAGAAACGACUGCGAAUUCGAAGGCAACGCGGACGAACGAAUAUUGGAACAUUUAA